ACUCCCGCUAAAGGCGGCUCCCGCAGCGGCAGAUGCCCGGCCCCGCCCAGCCCAGCCUCACUGAAGCAGCAGCAGCGGCAGCGCUGUAACGGCCCAGCCCCGCCUCACUGAAGCAGCGGCAUCAUCACCCACCCACCCCGGACAGACCGAACUGCGAUGCUGCCUGACCCGUGGAGGGUUUUGUUGAACACCGUGGUGGGAUUGGUUCAGCGGUGGGAUUGUGCCUGUGUAAGGGUGUGCGGCAGUGAAGGAUGACCGAGUACAAGCUGGUGGUGGUGGGCGCUGGUGGCGUGGGCAAGAGUGCCCUCACCAUCCAACUCAUCCAGAACCACUUUGUGGAUGAGUACGACCCUACCAUCGAGGAUUCGUACAGGAAGCAGGUGGUGAUUGAUGGGGAGACGUGUUUGCUGGAUAUUCUGGACACAGCAGGUCAGGAGGAGUACAGUGCGAUGAGAGACCAGUACAUGCGCACUGGGGAAGGCUUCCUCUGCGUCUUUGCAAUCAACAACAUCAAGUCCUUCGAGGAUGUCCACCUGUACAGAGAACAGAUUAAUCGAGUGAAAGACUCUGAUGACGUUCCCAUGGUUUUAGUUGGAAAUAAGUGUGACCUUCCAUCACGCACUGUGGACACGAAGCAAGCACAGGAACUGGCAAAGGGUUAUGGAAUCCCUUUCAUAGAAACUUCUGCCAAAACAAGACAGGGUGUGGAAGAUGCAUUCUACACACUAGUGCGUGAAAUUCGUAAAUACAAAGAGAAGAUCAGCAAAAAUGGUAAAAGGAAGAAAAAGAACUCGAAGAAAAGGUGCAUAAUUCUUUAAAAUAACUUGGACCUGUGACCCUAAACUGCAAGGAUUGUGUAUCAUAAGUGAACAAAAAAUUGAAAGAUCUCUCUCCUUAACAAUCGUCAUUGUCUAACCUUACCCUCGACUUCCAACCUCCACCGAGCUCUUUUCACCUGAAACCGAACAACCAGAGGAAGCAAAAGUAGACUGCAGUUUUCACAGCUUCAAACAUUCAGGGUCGCAGCAAUGCAUUAAAACUGCAGUUUCCCAGUGCAGACCACGUACAAUCAUACAGCUAUUGAAAUGUGAUUGGAAGAAUUUAUAGGCUAGACGGUGUAGUGGGGAUGUCAGGCAUCGAUGAACACCUGUGAAGAGAUCAGCAGUUAACUGGAUUUCAAUGCUCUUGAAAAGCUCAACAUUUGUACAGAAAAUGUUUCCCCUUUUCCAAAUGCAGAUUUUUAAACUUUCUCCACCAUGCAAGUUGAGUAAUACCGGAUGACUUCCUAACUGGUCUGCAGAUCAAUAAAGGGAAAUGAGGAAGGGAGGGAGGGAAGAGAGAGAGAGAGAGAGAGAGGGAGGUGUGUCUGUUUUGUAAUGUUGGAGUGGAUGUUUCUUGCCAUCAGGUAAUGGCAAAAAACAUUAAUGGCAGAAGAUUACACAGCCAUUCACUUACCUUCCUGCCUUCCAAGCUUAUAAGCCUUUAUAAUCUUGCUCCCUGCGAAACACCUAACGUCACAGGACUUGUCUGGCAUGAUACUUUUUGCAUUGACUAAAAGGUGAAGAUUUGAACAUGAACCCUGUUUUCAUAAGUACAGCUUAGAUGUUGAGUAUUUAUGAAAGAAACUAGUUCAUUAAUUCGGCAGACUGAAGAAGGGUUUCGGCCCGAAACAUUGCCUAUUUCCUUCGCUCCAUUGAUGCUGCCUCACCCGCUGAGUUUCUCCAGCAUUUUUGUCUACCUUCGAUUUUCCAGCAUCUGCAGUUCCUUCUUAAACAAUAGUUCAUUAAUUCACUACUUUGCUGAACCCAAAUGUUUAUCUUUGAUUUUUUAAACAUUUAAUUUGCAUCCUGUACAAAUGCAGUUAUUGUUGGCUAAUAGUUCCAUAGUUAAUUGACACACUCCAUCAGACUACUGUGAAAGGUGUCAAUUUUGGAGAACUACUGUUAUGUAUUGUGUAAGUACUGCACUAAUCUGUGGCAAUCUCCUCAAUACCAUGUAUAAUUCAGGAUGUAUGAAGUUGUUUCAACAAAGUAAACGUGUCUCAACUAAUUUACUGAUCUAUGUGAUACAAACAUGACAGCAGAAUCACCAUUUAUUUGACAGCAGACGACCUGUGCCAGUCACUACAUGUAUUAGAACAUAGAACAGUACAGCACGGGAAUGGGCCCUUCACCCACAAUGUUUUGCUGAACAUGAAGCCAGAUCUCAUCUGCCUGUACAUGAUCCAUAUGCCUCUAUUUGCCUAUCUAAAAGCCUCUUAAAUGCCACUAUCCUAUCUACCUCCACCACCACUCCUGGCAAUGUGUUCCAGGCCCCUACUAACCUCAGUCAAAACCUGCCCUGCACAUUUGCAUUAAACUUUUCCCUUCUCACCAAAUAGCUAUGCCCUCUAGUAUUGGACAUUUCUAUCUGGGGGUAAAAGGUUCUGUCUCUGCUCAUAAUUUCCCCCAAAACCACCAGAAAAAACAAUCAAAGUCUAUUCAACUUCUCUGUGUAGCAGAACAUUUCCUUUCCUACAGUACAGCCUUUGUUUCAAAGUCAGGUUUAGGUUUAGACAUAAACUGAUGUACAGCUGAACUUCAAGUUACUUUUGUAUGUACUGGAUGUAGCAGCACUUUGAAGGCCAAUGUUGAUCAUGACUGAUACAAAGUUAUUUGGAAGGCAUUAAAUCUCUGAGAAUGUGGGUAAAGAUGAACUGUAAUAACUCUGCAAGACCUUGCAAAACUUGGUAGGUCCAGAACAGUUUGGCGAAUUUAUUCAUAUUUGAUAUACUGACAAUCCUUGGAUUGCAAAAGCCCUGACUUAUGAAUUUUCCACCUGACAAAAGAUGUUUGAAAAAUCUUGAAACAAUUUCUAGACAACUACUUCACAGAGCAUCAGAAUUGGGCCUGUGAGGCAACUCUGAACGGUACGACACAGGAAUAGGCCCGUCCAGGACAUGAUCUUCUUCUUGCACAGCCUAAAGUUGUAGGACAACUUGUUCUAUUUGAUCUUACUUGAUUGUGCACUUCAGGUUGAUUGCAUUCGUCGAAACUGGGCGGACCACGUGAAGGUUGCAAUCUCCCACCCUGUCCAGGACAUGAUGACUGCCGAACAUGAUGCCAAUCUCACCUGUCUACACAUAAUUCAUAUCCCUUCAUUCACUGCAUAUCCAUGUGCUUAUAUUAUCUAAGAGCCUUUUAAAUGCCACUUAUAUCUGCCUCCACCAUCAUUCUUGAUAGCGUGUUCCAGGCACCCACCACCCUUUGUGGUGGGGAAUUGCCCUGCACAUUGCCUUUAAAAUUUUCCCCUCACUGUAAAGCCAUGCCCUCUGACAUUUCCAUCCUGUUAAUAAGGUUCUGACUGUCUUGUGAUUUAGAAUUGAUUAAGUGCGGAGGCAGAGGUGUUAUUUUCAGUGCGAUUGAGUGUUUUGAACCACUGUGCCGACUGUUCAAAGAUCUGUGAGGUAUCUUCUGCUGGUUGGGAACGGGCCACUUCUCUUCCAACCCUAAGUCCCAACAAUUGAAGGCUGUGUCGAGCAGAGCUGGGAUCGCUGAGCAGACCCAUUCAGUCAGUGAGGCUGGCUUGUAGCUCUUCCUACAGCUGCUUGCUCCUCCAUCUCGGCUGUGUCUGUGAUCCUCUCAUACAUUCAGUGUUUGACUUACAAAAUGUUUGGGUUACCAACAGUUCUCAGGAACCCAGGGAUCGCAUGUACUUAAUGUAUUUGAAUGUCUUAUUUUGUUUUGCACUUGAACAAAUAGAUUACAAGUGCCAAUGGACGAUUUUGAAAUUGUGAAUUCAUCCACCGUUAGUUCACAUUUCCUUCAGUAAACUGCUUAAGCGGAAGCUCAGCAGUUAAAUUGCUUUCACAGUAGUGUAAUUGGCUCCCCAAAUUUGCCAAGAACAAACGUGCUUUAUAUCAGAUUUUAAAUGGUUCAUAGCUAAUCAGUUUUGAAUUAGUUAUUCUUGCGGCACUUCAAUUUGCCCAGCUGGCGAUGUUUGCUUCAGCAGUGUAGUUUGCAGAACUGCGAAACUGUCUGAAUACAAGAUAUCCUGUAUUCAGCAUUGCUAGAAGAGGGUCUCUGCUUACAACUACAUUUAAAAGACGGUACUGCAAAAUGGGUAGCUCUCUUAGCGGCUGCAGCCUGACCAGGUGUAAGUCACCAUUGACUGUUCAGAUGAGUGACUUCUGCAGUCAAUGUUGUGAUAUUUAAUGCAUUCGGUAAUUUAGAGGGAUACCAUGGGUGUGAAAGCCUGCCAACAUUCAUACUGUGGUGAACUUUGUACAAAAAAAAAGUUGGACUGGAAAUUGAUAAAUUUGUGACUUUUUCUAAAAAUGUAAUUCACUUUGCUGUUUUAAUUCAUUGUUAUAUUUUAAAUAAAGUGUAGCCUGUAA